AUGAGUAAUCAUUUACUUAGUAGAAUUUGGCAUUAUAUUUUAGUACUUCUUCCAUUAUCAGCUGUUUUUACGUUUAUUCUUACGCUGAUUGUUUGUAAUAGUAAGCGCAAUUUUGAUUUACAUGAUCUACCACAAAUUAGUCAGUUGGGUAUCGGUGUGACAUAUAGAUUAUUCGCUAUUGGAGUCGCCAUACUAGCACUACAAUUAUUUGGCAUACUAAUUGGCAGACAUAUCUAUCUACUUCAUAUUAUUAAACCAUUAUUCAGUUUAUGGAUUAACGUUUAUUUAUAUUUACAAUUAGCUGUCGGUUUUGUAGCAAUUGUAUUUAUGUUACUAAUGGCAUUUGUCGAUGUAUCUAAGAAUCGUAUUCCUCAUUUAAUUGGCGCUUUUACCAUGUUUGGAUUAAUCGUAAUUUAUUUAUUUUUACAUACCGCUCUGGCAUUGUAUUUGUAUACUCAACGGAGAAUUUAUAAUCAAAAGUUGGAUAUUGCAUUUAUGAUACUGCCCAUCUUCUAUAGUCUAUGCAGUAUAUCUGCGAUUAUAUGCGUGGCAAUAUGGAUCACUACAGCUAACAGUAUAGCUCAAUAUGCUGCUAGUGGAAUUCCAUUUCUAUAUUUUGUUGUCUUUAUUCAUGGAUUUUGGAAAACUCGAAAUGGAUUUAAUAAUCUACAAAAAGUUAAUCUUACAUCACUUUGA